AUGAAUUCCACACAGAACCAAAUGGCAGAAAUGUUAAGAGAGUUCAAAUCAAGAAGCCAAGCCAAAGUCGUUCUGGAAUCAGGGCUGUAUAUGCUCGUUUUGUUGUUUUUAUUCUUUGGAAACUCAUUAACACUCCUGGUUAUGCUGCUAAACCGACAAAUGCGGACUAUUCCAAACAUGUUCGUGACAUCUCUCGCUCUUUCAGACUUAUUAACAGGAAUUUUAACAGCGGGUCCUUUAUCCCUUCCUGCACUAGUGACAUCUCAGUGGCCGUUUAACAAUACUGCCUGCCAAUUUCAAGGGAUUAUAGUCAUAACAUUAAAUGUGGCUUCGAUUUACACAUUGUGUUUGAUGGCAGUGAACAGAUAUUACAGAAUUGUCAAACCAUCAAGAUAUCAACGCUACUUCACUAAGAAGAAAGCCAUGAUUAUGAUUCUAUCCACGUGGUUCUAUUCGAUCUGUUGUGGUCCAUUGCCCUUCGUGCUAAGUGGUCACAAAAUGGUAUUUUAUCCUUCCAAGUUCUUCUGUUUUUAUCCAGUCGAAAACAGUGCCUUUACGGCCUUUGGUAUUCCGCUUUACAUGGGCAUUCCAACCUGUGUUACCCUUUACUGCUACUUUAGAAUCUUCACAACAGUUCGCAACCACAACAGAAAUUUUCAUCUCUCCGGCAAUCCAAUAAGCUCGGUAAACGUACAAGAUUUCAAGGUGGCUCGCACCAUAUUCGUUAUAGUGCUGUUUUAUAAUCUGUGUUGGAUUCCAGUUGUGUUCGUCCAUUUUGUGGACACGAUAUACGAAAAAUUGGCGUUCCCCCGCCAAGUUUACGUGGCAAAAACAUUUUUACUCACUAUAAGCAGCGCUUUUAAUCCUGUAAUUUACGGUGUGCUCAACAAGAGUUUCCGUAAACAUUACGUGAACAUGCUACGCUGCACCUGCUGCCGUGCUGGAGCUGUCGUAGCACCCCUACCUCUGCGAGGAAGAGCCACCGUUGUAGCCAUGAGUGGAACCAUUGCCUAG